AUGGCGAUUUUUGAAACCGUAAAGAGGUCAUCUAGCAUUAUACAAAACCACAAGGGGUCAUAUAUAUCGGGUGGUCUUGAUUAUCUUCUUGGAGCACUUGAAAGGCUACAUAUUCAGCCAGCCUUCAGUGCUCCUGUGAAGGAUAAAAUCCCAGAUCUUCAUUUGGAGUUGAGGUUCGUGAAACUGAUUUCUUUGUGCUUCAGAAAGUACGAGGAAUCAGCUGAUGAGGACAUCAUGAUGCAGUCUAUCAUGAUGAAGAUUCAAGCUGUACUGGAAACUGAAAUCGAAGAUGUGGAGAUUCUGACUUGUACCUUGCUUGAAAAAAUUGAGAAUUUGAAGCCAGAGGUGAAAGAUAUCUGUGAUGUUUUGUGGGAUUCUUCGUUGGGAUUUAUGGCUGGUGGCACGAGUGAUGAGAUUAUGGAAUUUAUUGACUUGAUUUUGUGGAAUAUGAGGGAUCUUCUGAACUGGAAAGCUGAUCAUAUUGCUGCUUCUGUGAAGAAGCAUAUCAAGGCUGACCUGGAGGUGCUGUGUUUUAUAGGGAAUGUUGUCAACUUCACUGCAAAAAGAUGCACCAAUCAACAGAAACUGGAAGUAUUUUGGACUUGUACGCAAUUCAUAGUGGUCAAAGAAGCAUGUUUGUCAGUCAUGUACUGGAUUGAUGCAAAUGAUGAAAAUCUGGCAACUAAGUCGGAUGAUAAGACUUACGAUCCAAAGGUCAUAGAGAUGUUUGUUGGGGUCCUGACAGCAUCAAAAUCAUCCCAAUAUGAAAAACUUAUGCUUAGUGAAAUUGUCACAAGCCUUGUUGAUUUGCUCCAAGAAGAUCUACUGUCCCCCAUGAAGGCUCACAUUGCAAUCCUUUGCGAGGGGUUGGUAUUCUUGAUAGCAUUCCUUGUGAAUCCACCAGAAAACUUUGAAAUAGAAGCUGGAAAUGCACUUUUGGCAGAAAUUGACGCUGUCAUUAAACAGGUGAUAUCUUUUAUUUGUUCCCUUUACACUGAUGAAAACAAAGAAGAUAUUUCCUCAGAGGAGAAAGUUUGCCUUUCUAGUUUGAAAGAAAAGAUUGAGAUGGUCAAGGCAGAGGUUAGGGAGUUUGUCCAGAUUACAAGUUUGUCAGAGUCUGGUUUCCCUACAACUAAUGGAGUUGGAUUUAUUGAUUUCCUUUUGGAACAUCUAAAGAAAAUGUUGAAAUGCAAGGCCAGCAGUAUUACUUUUGCACAGGACAAAGUUGAGAGAAUCCUGGAGGAGCUACAGUCCUUAAGGCAUAUCAUCAAGGAUAUCAUGGAGCUGCAAAAUGAGCACAAAGAAACAGAAGAUCUAUGCAAAAAAAUUAUGAAUGUGGCAUACAAAGCAGAACAUGCUGUCAACUCAUGUUUAGUUUCGGAAAAUCCUAUCUGGUAUGACAUGGUAUGCCUUUCCCAUAUCAUAGAAGAAAUAGAAGUGAUUAAGCCUGAGAUCCAGGCGAUCACUGAUCAGCAAAUGUACAAGGCCAGGUUGCCAGGUUUUCAAAAUGAUUCUACUCUUAUCCUUCCUGGAGAGGCUAAUACCUCAAGAAGCGAGGAAGUUGUUGUCGGUUUCAAGGAUGAGUCAGAAGCAAUAAUUGAUCGACUUAUAAGAGGAUCAAAACAUCUUGAUAUCGUCUCAAUUGUUGGCAUGCCAGGUCAAGGUAAGACAACUUUAGCAAAAAAAGUCUAUAAUGAUCCAUCUGUCAAAUAUUACUUCAAUAGAUGUGCUUGGUGUUUUGUUUCCCAAAUGUAUAACACUAAAGAGCUAUUGCUUGACAUCUUAAGCGAUCUUAAUGGUCUUGAUGUCCGAGUCUCUAAACCAACAGCAAGAGAAGAAGAUCUAGCUGAGUGGCUCUGGAAAUGUUUAAAGGGACGAAGAUUCCUCAUUGUUAUGGAUGAUAUUUGGGACAUUGGAGCUUGGGAUAGCAUAAAAAGAUCACUUCCGGAUGAUGACAAUGGAAGCAGAGUUAUGUUCACUAGUCGAAUUCGUAACUUGGUUCUGCAAGCUAAACCAAAUAGUAGUCCUUGUCCUCUUUCUCCACUCUCCGAUGAAGAAAGCUGGGAGCUAUUACAAGAGAAGCUAUUCAAUAACAAUGGCUGCCCCUCGGAUUUAUUAGAGGUCGGACAGAAGAUUGCAAAGAACUGCAAAGGCCUACCUCUAGCUGUUGUUUUGGUUGCAGGUAUCCUUGCAAGAGAAAAUAACGAUCUUGAAUGGUGGAACCAAGUCCAAGAAAGUAUGGGUUCACACAUUGCUAGUGAAGGUUGCAUGGACAUGCUGGAAUUAAGCUACAAACAUUUACCGCAUCGUUUAAAACCAUGCUUUCUUUAUUUUGGAGUUUUUCCGGAGGCUAAAAUCAUUAGAGUUCAGAAAUUGAUGAAGCUGUGGAUCGCGGAAGGAUUCAUAAAAAGCGAUGAGGUAAAGAGCUCAAAUGAUGUGGCAGGGGAGUACUUGAUGGACCUAAUUGAUCGAAGCCUAGUAACUACUGCAGCUACAAGUUCCAAAGGAGAAGUAAAAGCUUGUCGUAUUCAUGAUCUACUUCACGAUUUCUGCUUGGCAAAAGCUAAAGAAGAAAAUUUUUUUCAGUGGGUACAUGGACAUGAUGUUUCCUAUCAUUCUCCGAUUCCCAAAGUUUAUGAUGAAUAUCGCUUGUGCAUCAGUAGUGAAUGGGAACAAUUCAUUCAUUCAAGACCUGCAGGUCCUGGUGUCCACUCUUUACUGGUGUCUGGUAUUCAUGUAGAAAGGUGCCAGCAUUCAAAGAUGACAUCCUUUUUCUUGGGUUUUAAAUUUCUUUACGUGUUGGAUUUGGAGUGCAUAUAUGUUGAUGAUUUUUUCCCUGAAGAAAUAAUAUUGAUGAUUCAUUUGAGAUACUUAGCAAUAUGGUGUUGCACCAACUAUAUUCCAUCAUCAAUUGAAACAUUAUGGAACCUGGAAACUUUGAUUGUUAAAGGUGCAAGGAUCUAUAGCAUUCCUCUGCCAGAUACCAUUUGGGAGAUGAAAAGUUUAAGGCAUGUAGAUAUUCCUACUAUGUCUUUCAGAGACUAUGAGAAUGAUGAGUCCUGUCAAUUGCAGAAUGUAGAGACUUUUGCAACACCAACUCUUACUUCAGGGAAAGACACAGAGGAGCUACUGAGAAGACUACCAAGACUUAGAAAGCUUAAGUGCAACUUUUUUGAAAUACAAUUGGAUUCUGAAGAUCCCAUUGGGUUUCCUGCAUUGGGCUGUUUAAGUCAACUAGAGUCCCUAAAUGUUUAUAACUGUGGGGAUAUGCUUAUUGGUGAAAAUGAUGACCAGUUUCCAUCUUUUAGUUUUCCAAACACUCUUCGAAAGCUGGCUCUACAAAACUUUUGCCUUACAAGGGAUGCAAUAUCAGCAAUAGGGCAGCUACCAAAUCUUGAGGUUCUCAAACUACGGAAAUCUGCCUUUUUGGACCUAAAAUGGGAUAUGGAAGAUGGGGAAUUCAUAAAGCUCAAGUUCUUACAAUUAUCGGAAGUGCAGAUUGAAAGGUGGAAUGCCUGCAGUGAGCCCUUUCCCAGCCUACAACGACUUGUUCUGAUAAAUUGUAAAGGCCUUGAGGAGAUUCCAUCGAGUUUUGGAGACAUACCUACCUUGAAGAUAAUGCGGGUGUACUGGUGCCACAAGGCCACUAGUUCAGCCCAGCAAAUUUUUGAAGAACAACAGGAUAUGGGAAAUGAUGGCUUUGAAGUUUUUGUCUUAGAUGACUAG